UGUAGAUGUGCCUCUGCGAGUUGAUAAAUCAAUUGAUAUUCUUGAGAUGUUGAAGCUAGCAGUUUGUACAUUUGAUCAAGCAACUAUUGCACUAGGAUCGAGCCGUGCCUAUAAAAGAUCAACCCAUUUGCGUGUAAAUUCUGAGCCAAAUGCGAAAGUUCCCAGGGAGAGUGUAUAUGAUUCAGAAAUAUGCAGGGUUCUUCAAAAUUGGCUCAAAAUAAUUAAUAAUUUUAGAGUUACCGGACAAUGGCAUCUUGAACAAGUUGGCGAGGAUGGAUGGUAUCGUCGAAAAUCCUUAUUGGCCUGUAAACAGCUACUGGAAAGAGGGCUUAAUGUCGUGCAUUUCUGGCAUAACAAAGAAUUCAAAAAUGUACGAAUGAGUGUCAAAUCAAGAGAUGCCACCGGUAACUUCAACAUUAUCAUAAAUGAACAAAUUCUUCCAUAA